AUGCCGCAGGGAUAUUGUUUCGUCUCCAAGGGAGAUGUUUACAUCACUCGACAGUGCCGGGCCAAGUCAAAAGAAUCACGCCGCAUGGUCUACAAAGUCUAUGACAAAAAAGGCCAACGCGUGCUUGGCAUCAGGGUUCCUGAAGAUAUCUGGCAGAAGGUGCUUGUCCUGUCCAAGGAAACUAAAGAAGCUCGUGCGGCUGCCACCAUUUCCCGUGACUCCAAGUUCCUCGACCAAGGCCGAGAGCUUCUGGAAAAACAAUAUCCUCUGAUGCCUGGCGAGGAUAUUGAGAGUGUCCUUCAGCAUGCCUUUUGCAAAGGCUCAGGUCGAGUCGGCCGCACUGCCACCCAUUCUGACGGCCACAAGGCUCGACUGGCGGUGGAAGCCCAUAUUCGCCAUGAGCAUACCCCCUAUGAUCAUCUUUUGAAAGAUAACGACCGUCUGAGCGCGAGAAGACAAGUCCGGAACACUGUACAGACGAUCCUAAAAGUUUGGAAGGGAGAGAAGCCGGAAACCCAGGAAUCUUUGGUGGGACGGGAGACACGUGGUGCUGCGAGUUUAUGCGACAACACUGUUGAACCUCGAGCGUUGGAAAUUUCUUGA